AUGCCGGCCCCAACAGGAGCACAACGCGAAAUCACAGGCGAAGAAAAACGCCGCGCCGCACGGGAAACAAUCGACAUCCUGCAAGAAAUCUCCAAUCUUCUCAACACGCAUCUAGAUCGGCAGUCCCUUUCGUACUGCGUGAGUUUGAUAGAGAAUGGUGUGAAUCCGGAGGCGUUGGCUAAAGUAAUCGUGGAACUGAGGGCGCAGAAGGAGAGGUGA